AAAAGGGGUUUGGGGUAGGGGACUGGAGUUGCGGAAACGGCUUUUUUACUUGCCUGGGGAAAGUUAGGAAAGCACAAAGGGGCCUCGUUCGACGGCCACUCUCUCCGGACCGAGUUGGGGAGCUCCAAAAAGGCAAAACACCACGAUUUAGUCGAUUAGGAUAACAUAUCUGAGAAGUGGAGGGUUAGGGUUUGUAAUCCUGCUCGGUAAAACAGUAAAACCUCUUUCAGGUUAAAAAAAGAAAAAGAGAAAAAGGGUGACUUGUGGAUGUGAGGGAAAGGGGAUGAUUUUAUCGGAAAGAGUAGCUUGAUCUCCAGUAUAUCUCUUGUCAGGAGAGAGGAGGAGGAGGAGGAGGAGAAUUGGAGAGAGCUUUGGGUCUGGAUGGAUUCAUGGGCUUUAUGUUCUUGGGAUAUCCCCAUCCCCGAAUCUCCCUAUCUCCGUCCUUAGCUGUCUCCGCUCUUAUGAUUGGAAGUGGAGCAAAUUUGGACGUGAUCUAGCUAGGUUUCAUCGGCCGCCCUCCCAUCUCCAUCGCUAAGUCUCUUUGCUCUCCGGCCGUUCCGUUGUCUGUCUACUCUUUCUUUCGAGUUUCUUGGCUUGGAACUGCUGGUGUUGUUGCUGCCGCUCUUGAGGUGCAUCGCUUUGUCGGUCCCAAUCUGCGACGACUUCCAAGUCAACCGGGGGUUUCUUAUGAAUUCAUCUGCGAUCUUGUCAGAGACCGGUCGUGGAGGUGAGGAGCAGUAGGUGAGGUGCUUCGUCCGAAGGAAGGGCUAAGCUCUGAGAUGGAGUGGAAUACCAAGACUUGCUCCUUUUGGGAUUGGGAUAAUCUGGCGCUGUUCAGUGGGAAUUCCAAGCAGGAGCAGCAGACCAACUGGAAGGUUGAAGUCAAAGCCGCUGGAGGGAUCGACAGCGGCUCGGUGUAUUCAUCCGUCGGCGGUGGCAGCGGUGGAAGUGGUGGAGGUGGAGCAUGCUCUGGCUCUGAUUUGGGGUAUGGCUCCUCGUCUAAGAGCUCCAUCUCGGCCUCCAUUGAUUCUUCAUCGAAGGCGGGGGUGAAAGUAUCGGAGUUCAACUUUGAGGGAGGGAACAAGGAUUCGAUGAGAGUGCAGGAUGGUGGAUCAUCUGCGGCAGUGGUGACGGCGGCCAUGUCUCAGGAGGCUUUGAUUGGUCUGAAGCUUGGCAAGAGGACUUACUUUGAAGAUGUUUGUGCAGGGAGCAAUGCUAAGAACCUGCCAUCUUCUUCUUCUUCAGUCUCGGUGGUGCUGCCUACCGGUGUGGUUAAGAAGCCGAGGGUGACUCAGCAGACUGUGCAGAGUACUUGCUGCCAAGUUGAAGGUUGCAAUGUUGACCUGAGUGGAGCUAAAGAUUAUCACCGCAAGCACAGGGUAUGCGAAAACCAUUCCAAAUCCCCCAGGGUCAUUGUUGCUGGUCAGGAGCGUCGGUUUUGUCAGCAAUGUAGCAGGUUCCAUGAUUUGUCUGAGUUUGAUCAGAAGAAACGAAGCUGUCGUAGACGCCUUUCUGAUCACAAUGCACGUCGUCGCAAGCCACAGCCAGACACAAUCUCAUUUAACUCCACAAGACUUUCUUCACCGUUUUAUGAUGAUCGGCAAAAUUUUCUCUGGAAUCCAUCUCCAUUUGGUCAAAUGAGGUCCACAGGAACUUCCACAUGGGAAGGCUCAUGUGACUUCAAAGUCUUGCAAAUGAAGGGGUCUUUGAUGAAGUCGACAAAAGCAGGGAUCGUUGAUGGACAGCUGCAUCUGCCUAAUUCCCAGCGUUCAAAUACCUUUUCAACACUUUCUCAUGAAGUAGACAGGCUCUUGCCACUCAAGGGCACCCCUGCCGAAGUCCUCAAUCACGGUCUAGAAGCAUCUUUAACUGCUUCAAACUUAGAUGGAGCACUGGACCUUCGGCGUGCUCUCUCUCUUCUGUCAACCAAUUCUUGGGGUUCAGCUGACCCUGGAACAACAUCGUCUGUUGUCCAGCUUGCACACGCUAACCACACCAGUGCAGCUCAGCCUACAAUUCAUGCAGUGAACUCAACCUCGGAGUAUUGGCAGGAUGAACAUGCCCUUGCUCAGCAAGGGCGAGUGCUUUCCGUUGCUGCACAUAGGAGUGGUAGCCAGUUCCAGGAGUUUCAGCUGCUUAAAGCUCCCUAUGAGACUACGUUCUUUGACUCUAAUCAGAUCCAUUGAUGUCCAAAAUCACAUUAACUGCUUGCUGGAUGGUAGGACCUGAGAGUUUCAUCCUUUUGCAUCACCAAAAUUCCUUAGGCUGGAGCUACACAUUGCAGCAGUGGAAGCUGGAUCUCAAAGGACAGCUUCAGGUUCUAAUUGUGCAUCAUGAGUGGUGGAUUAGAGGGCGUACAAUCUGUAUUGAUAUGUCUACUGUCGGAUGUUGAACCUUGAUGUAAGUUUGGGUCAGGGAAACUUUUGCAAGACUUCAAAUGGGUAGGGAAGUAGUUCUUGAGUGCUUUUACCUUUUGUAUGAUAAUCAUAAAUAGCAGGCAUAUCUUGUAAAACCAUUGCAUUGCAUUGGUUAGUUGCCUUGGCUGUCUUUCAGAUGAAGUUUGAUCUUUGUGCUAAUAACAGUCAAACCUCUUGCAUUGGUUUUUAUCAUGGACUAGCUUGGACAUGAGGAUGGUAAGGAAUCCCAAGAUCCUCUUGGUUGAUCA